CCCAAGCAUACGCAUAAAACUACUAAGGACGACGAGGAAUCGGUUCACGCUAUGACUACGAUAUCACGCGCUGGGAGACUUGUUAGAUCAACCGUUACUCAUGUUACCAGGACAUCAAUGGUUCAUAACACCCCCCAUGUCGACCGUGCCACAAAGGACGAUUUGUCGGUGUUGCCACCUCCCACUGUUGGACUUGUCCUGUCUACUCUCGAGCUAAAUACCAUGCACAAAUCGUGGUACGACGCAUUGCAACCUGAAUUUAACAAGGAUUAUUUUUUGAAGGGGAGUACUGAUUAUUCGUUGAAACAGUUUUUGCUUCAGGAGCACAAAUCGUACACCGUUUACCCACCGAUGGCGGACGUAUAUUCUUGGUCGCGGCUUACACCUCUUGACGCUGUGAAGGUGGUUAUCCUCGGUCAGGAUCCGUAUCACAAUGUCGGACAAGCUCAUGGAUUAUCGUUUUCGGUUUUGCCGCCAACAAAGAUUCCUGGCUCGCUACGGAAUAUAUAUAAACAGAUAUCAGACGAUAUACCUUCUUUUGUUAUACCUCAGACUGGAGAUCUUAGUCCAAUAGCUCGCUCGGGGGUACUCUGGCUUAACACUUCCCUCACAGUCCGUGCCCAUAAAGCGUAUUCUCAUGCCGGUAAGGGCUGGGAGACCUUUACUGCUCAGGUCAUCAGAGCCGUCACUUCGAGGGCCGAUGGAAAUGGCGUCGUUUUCAUGGCCUGGGGGCUUCCUGCCCAAAAGACAUGCGACAAGAUAGGUAUUGAUGAAGUUCGUGCUUUUUUCAAUCCAUCUGCGCACCCUUCACCGCUAUCGGCGCAUCGAGGAUUUAUUGGGAAUGGUCAUUUUCGUAAGGCCAAUGAGUGGCUUCUGAGCAGGUACGGAGAUGGUGCUGAGAUUAGGUGGGAUAUUUUAAACGAUCAAUGAUAUUACAUGUAAGUAUCAUCCCACCCGCACCCUUGCUCGCGUGCCAUCUGGGAUCAUUCACAUUCAUACAGCAUUAAGGAAAAGGCGAGAUCCAUAGUCCUGAUAACGCUGGCAAUCGUAAUCGCUCGACAGAGGUUUAGAAGUUCAGAGUACGUAUAGAACAUGAUUAGGAUGGCGGCCAGAACUUGAUGUCGGUAGGAUCUU